GAUAUUGAGUUCUGUGUAGUUAAGUCGGAAUAUUUCGUAUAGUUCUCGUCGACUGUCGUGUGACAUUUGUUCAUCAAUUCAGAAACGCAUAUUGAAACACAGCGAUAAUACAAAUUACGAAUAUUCAACAAAAUAAAAAAAAACCAAAGAAAACCAACCAAUUAAAAUUAAAAAUUCAAAUUCGCUUCAAAAAUAUAUUACAAAUAUAACAACCAAUUUAAUCAAAACCAAAUUCGCCACAAAAAUCGCAAACAAAGUUUACAAAAUUCGUUUACUCAAUCCCAUAACACAAAAAACAAACUACAACCAAUUAAAAUAUAUAACUGUUAAAAUCUAAACGAGCAGAAAAAUCAGAGAGAGAAAGCAAAAAAGAGAUAGAGAAGUACACGCGUGUGUUUAAAUACUGGAAAAUACAGAUAAGAUAAAUUAUUAUAAACACUAAGCCAUACACACAUUAUAGCAGGCUAAACCACACGAAAAAUAACGCAGAGAGCCAAAUACAUUAAAAUCAAUAAGUAACAAGUACAGAAAAGACAGUUCAAGUGAAAAACAGAAACGAAACUUUACAAAAAAGUGCUUAAAAAUAUAAACAAAACCGAAAAACUCAGAUAAAUAAACAACGGCAAUUUUAAGAGGAAGAAAAACCGAAAAGCUUCCAGAGAAUCGGUGAAAAUCGUUAACAAUUUUUUCUCGCAAAGGCGCCACGUCCAAGAGCAAAUCGUUCCAUAUGGUUCAUAUUAUUGAAUUGGUCGGCCAGCCGAAGGUUGAGUUUGCUCAACAAGUUACUGUAAGUUGCCAUCAUCCAUUAAUACCACCAGCCAUCAAAUUAAUGAACCGUGCUUUACAGCUGAAGCCAGCUGAAAAUGAAAGUCGCAGCGAGCAUUUAGAUCGCAAGCUGUUCGUUGGCAUGCUCAGCAAACAACAGACCGAAGACGAUGUUAGACAAAUCUUCCAUCCGUUCGGCACUAUAGAGGAGUGCACCAUACUGCGUGGCCCGGACGGAGCUAGUAAAGGCUGCGCUUUCGUCAAAUUUGGUUCGCAGCAGGAGGCCCAGUCAGCAAUAACCAACCUACACGGAAGUCAAACUAUGCCGGGUGCAUCCUCCAGCCUGGUCGUUAAAUACGCCGACACGGAGAAGGAGCGACAAAUACGGCGCAUGCAGCAAAUGGCCGGUCACAUGAACCUGCUGAAUCCGUUCGUCUUUAAUCAGUUCAGUCCGUAUGGCGCCUACGCUCAGCAGCUUCCCUCUCCCCCGGAACUGCAGCAGCAGCAACAGGCCGCCCUGAUGGCCGCCGCCGCCACGGCACCGGGCUCCGCCGCCGCCUACAUGAACCCCAUGGCGGCGCUGGCAACGCAGAUACCUCACGGCCUCAACGGCACCGGCCAGCCGCCGUCGCUGCCCUCGCCGACCAUGCCCAACUUCAACAUGGGCGCCAACACGCCCAACGGACAGCCCGGCGGAGCGGCCGCCGCUGCCGCUGCGGCGGCUGCCGCGGACGGCGUCUUCACGAACGGCAUUCCACAAACGGCAUUCCCAGGACCCACUGAACUAUUUAUUGCAGAUCCGCUGCACUUGACUAUACCGCCACAAGGUUUGCCAAACGGCGAUGCUGCUACCCUGCAACAUGCCUUCCCUGGUCUGCCACCGUUUUCAGGAGUUGCCUUUCCCACCGUCUAUGGACAGUUUCCACAAGCUUUACCACCUCCCCUAGCGGCGGUUGCACCCACUCAGCGUGAAGAUUUUCUGAUGUUCCCAGGAUGUUCGAUAUCCGGACCCGAGGGCUGCAAUCUCUUCAUCUACCAUUUGCCCCAAGAGUUUGGCGAUGCCGAGUUAAUGCAAAUGUUCCUGCCCUUUGGCAAUGUGAUCAGCUCCAAGGUCUUCAUUGAUCGUGCUACAAACCAGAGCAAAUGUUUCGGUUUUGUUUCAUUCGAUAAUCCCGCCAGCGCUCAAGCGGCCAUUCAGGCCAUGAAUGGCUUCCAGAUUGGCAUGAAAAGACUGAAAGUUCAAUUGAAGCGGCCAAAGGAUGCCAGUCGACCCUAUUAACAAUCGGAGUUCCUUAAACGCAAUUCACAACAACAACAACAACAACAAACUGGAGCAACAACAUCAGCAACAGCAGCUUUGCCAACAACUAACGCAUUUUCCACACCGGCAGCAACUUCCGCAUCAACGACAGCGACAACAACAGCAGUCCACUAUAAUAACCACCUUGGCAGCAGCUUUAGGCCAACUUUAACCAAUGGAAACUCCAACCACAAUGCCCACAUGCCCUACACAUUUGCCAGCUGGCGCAGUGGUACCUAUUGUUAUCACAACCACAACAACAACAACAACAAUAAUAACGACAACUGCAGCGACAACAACAACAAUAGAAACGAUCCCGAUUCUCAAUCCAAAGAUCCACCCAAUACCAAUUGCUCCAAAGUGGAACUAGUCGAGAAACUAUUCAUGUGGCAACAGCAGAAGCGAAAGGCCUAAGUGCAACACCAACGUCAACCACAACAGCAACCAUAACAACUGCAGCUACAAUAAGGAGCAACUAUUGAUGGGAUGGUCGUCAGCCAUGCUAUGUGAAAACGAUUAUAUAAAUUAAACACAUGCAAAGCGUAUGUAAAAAAAAAAAA